AUCGACAAUUUGACCCCACAUCUGAACAAUAUCGUACUGUCAAGCCGUGUUUCUACAUCCCCACCCUUUCACUCAUUCUUUUUGAGGAUCUUUCAUUGUCAAGCCGCCAAAGUGGAGAGUGUGAUUGCAGAGGGGGGUGCUUCUCGUUUCAGUGCUUCUUCGGGCGGAGGAGGAGGUAGGGGUGCACCUCAGCACUAUCCCAAGUCUGUUGGCAACAGCGAGUUCCUGGGGAAAACCCCAGGGCCUGGCGUUCAGAGAUGGGUUCCUUCACGAAGCACUAGACGAGAUGUCAACUCCUCCAAUGAAAAAGAACGCCACGAUGCAAUCUUUAGGAAAGUGAGAGGCAUACUGAAUAAACUGACCCCUGAGAAGUUUGACAAGCUAUGCCUUGAGCUCCUGAACGUGGGCGUAGAUUCAAAGCUCGUCCUCAAAGGAAUCAUCUUGCUGAUUGUAGACAAAGCCCUUGAAGAGCCCAAGUAUAGCUCGCUAUAUGCUCAGCUAUGUCUGCGUUUGGCUGAAGAUGCUCCCAACUUUGACGGCCCAUCAACAGAGAUCCAAUCAUCACAAAAGCAGAGCACUACAUUCAGGAGACUUCUGAUUUCCAAGCUUCAAGAUGAAUUUGAAAACCGCACCAGAAACGUUGACCUCUAUGAUAAAAAUGACACCCCACUCACUUCUGAGGAAGAGGAGCAGCGUGCCAUCGCUAAGAUCAAAAUGUUGGGCAACAUCAAAUUCAUUGGAGAACUUGGCAAACUUGAUCUCAUUCACGAGUCUAUCCUUCAUAAAUGCAUCAAAACACUUUUGGAAAAGAAGAAAAGAGUCCAACUUAAGGAUAUGGGGGAGGACUUGGAGUGCCUCUGUCAGAUAAUGAGGACUGUGGGGCCAAGACUAGAUCAUGAGAAAGCCAAGUCUUUAAUGGAUCAGUACUUUGGCCGUAUGCGAUCCUUAAUGAACAACAAGGAUUUGCCUGCUAGGAUACGGUUCCUACUUCAAGAUACUGUAGAGUUGAGAGAUAAUAACUGGGUGCCUCGGAAAGCUUUCAUUGACAACGGACCCAAAACCAUCAACCAGAUCCGGCAGGAUGCUGUGAAGGAUUUGGGUGUUUUUAUUCCACCAAUGAAUCAAGGAAUGAGGUCCGACUUCUUUCAAGAAAACUCUUUCUUGCCAACGCGAAUGAAACCUGAUCGAGAGACUCUUGGGGGAUUGGCUGAUAUGUUUGGACAGAUGCCAGGUAGUGGGAUUGGAACCGGCCCUGGAGUCAUUCAGGACAGGUAUUCUCCCACCAUGGGUCGUCGUACAAACCCUCUUUUCAACGGGCACAGUGGCCACAUAGCGCCUGCUCCUCAGCAAUUCAUGAAAUCCAACCAGGGGCAGAAUAUGCUUUUCCAGAACCAGACUCAUUCGAAUCAACAGCAAGCUCAGUCCAAGGACAUGGCACCACGUUUCUCAAAGAAAGGACAGCUCAAUGCUGAUGAGAUCAGCCUGAGACCAGCUCAGUCAUUUAUUUUAAACAAAAACCCAAUGCCAAAGCUUCAGCCGCAGAUUCCCACCAUGAUUCCUCCCAGUGCUCAGCCUCCACGUACAUCCACUCCACCACUGGGACAGCCUCCUCAGCUUGGCUUGAAAACCAACCCGCCUCCAAUUCAGGAGAAGCCACAGAAGACCAUUAAGAAGCCUCCUCCAGCCAGAGAGGAACUGCUGAAGAUGACUGAAACUGUUGUGACCACUUACCUGAGCAACAAGGACAUGAGCGAAGCAGUGAAUGGGGUGAGGGACAUGCGAGCUCCCAAACACUUCCUACCUGAGAUGUUGAGUAAGAUGAUCCUGUGCUCACUGGAGAACCCAGAUGAGGACCGGGAGCACAUCAGUACGCUGAUCAACACGCUCCGUGUGGAGGGGCUUGUCACCGGGGAGAACUUCAUGCAGGCUUUUCUCAAUGUUCUGGACCAGUGUCCCAAGAUCGAAGUGGAUAUUCCCUUGGUGAAGUCCUACCUGGCUCAGUUCGCCGCCCGUGCAAUCAUCGCCGAACUCGUGAGCAUGGCAGAGCUGGCCCACCCGCUGGAGAACGGCACCCACUUUCCGCUCUUUCUCCUCUGCUUGCAGCAAAUGGCCAAACUGAAAGAUCGGGAGUGGCUGACUGAUUUGUUCCAGCAGAGCAAGGUCAACAUGCAGAAGAUGCUGCCAGAAAUCGAUCAAAAUAAAGACCGGAUGUUGGAGAUCCUGGAAGGGAAAGGCCUGAGCUUUUUGUUCCCACUUAUGAAGCUGGAGAAGGAACUUUUGAAACAGAUUAAAGCGGAUCCUGCUCCACAAUCCAUUUACAAGUGGAUCAAGGACAACAUUUCUCCCAAGCUGCACAUCGACAAGGGUUUUGUUAACAUUCUGAUGACCAGCUUUUUGCAGUACAUUUUCCACGAGAUGUAUUCGACCGAAGUAGAAGAAGAGCAGUUAUCUGCUCCUGCUAAAGAGCACCUCGACCAGGAGAAGAAUCUGCUGCUCGCCUUCAAACCGGUGAUGCAGAAAUUUCUGCACGAUCAUGUGGAGCUGCAGGUCAGCGCGCUGUAUGCGCUACAGGUCCACUGUAACGCCCAUGCAUUUCCCAAAGGAAUGUUAUUACGCUACUUUGUCAACUUUUAUGAUAUGGAGAUAAUUGAAGAAGAGGCCUUCCUAGCAUGGAAAGAAGAUAUCACCCAGGAAUUUCCAGGAAAAGGAAAAGCAUUGUUCCAGGUGAACCAGUGGCUUACCUGGCUGGAGACCGCGGAGGAGGAGGAGUCUGAAGAGGACGCUGACUGAGGAACCAGCCAAAGCCACGAUGUCCUCACCUCUUCACCUCAUCCGUGUUUUUAACUGCUGCAUUUCAUACCGUGCUGUGUUUUUCUGCAAUGUAAAGCCAACAUGUUACUUCGAGCCUCCCCUUUGGCUUCAUUGUUCAAAGCAUGUGAUGACUAGCAUCAUUUAAGACCCCGUCUCACAGAUAAAUGGUAUUAGCAGCUCGAAAACUGCAAUUGUUUUUCUUUUUUAUGUAUUUUGCUUUUAUGAACCUGUAUUUGCAAAAAGCCUUUUCCUGCUGCCGUUUCGUUUCGGCACAGAAACGACAGAAAUGCACUUUGCUCGGUGUCAUAUGAGUUGCAAUAUGUUUUUGUUACAAAGAAUCCUCAAUUGUAAUCACUUUUUUUAACCAUGGCUUUCGUUUAUACCUCACUGUAGUGUGCCGAGUGUAAUUCAGUCCUUCAUGCAAAAGAUCUGUAAGGUGCUCGAGUCUAAAACAAUGGUUUACUUUUCACUCACCAUCUUGAUUGUAUGACCUCAACGCUCCGAUUUCAUUCGUUCCCCAUCUCUUCGUAACGAUGAACAAAGCCAUGUGGGAGAGAUGAAAUUACGCGGCCUUUUUCGCCCGAUUUAUGUACGUCCCUCUUUUACCCGUCAUGAUGAUACUUGAAUUGUUUUUGUUUUACAGCAUGUUUCAGGGAUUACCAAACAUCGCCUCUUUAGCUGCAACGAUUUGAUGAAUUUUUUUAAAACGACAUUUUUAAUUGGUAAAAUAAAGUUGAAUGGGAUGAAAAAUUGGUUAUGGAUGUUACGUUUACCAGUCACAUACUUUAUCAUAAUUCCCGUAAUGUCUGCUAUGGAUAUGAUAAAUAUUUAUUGAAUCAUGAGAGGAAAUCUUAAAGCUUUAUCAUUGGGUAGAUGACGGACAGUGACUCACUCAUCCUGUAUAAUGACCUACUAUUUAAAGUGUUACUGUAAGACGCAAGAGCUCAGAAUGUUCAGUGUACUUUUUACUGUUGCUUUCAAUAAAGUUAAACACCAGCAUUUA